AUGGAGAUUACAUGCCCGAAAUUUCCGGUUGAAGAAGAUCUUUCAUUCGUUGCUUCUCGGUACCCAGCAAUUGUCAAGUUGACCCAACUCAACUAUUUUCUUUUCUUUCCCAUGAUGUUCCCCACGACGAUCUCCGAAGUCUCAUUAAAGCAAUUAAAGCCUCAUAAAACUUGCAUGAAAGGGUGGAAGGGAACGCUAGCUGCGAGGGGAUCAAAUGACGAUAAACAUCUCGGCACGUUACAUCAAAUCGGAGCAAGAAUUGCAUCGACACAAGAGACAAAAAAAGCUCAUAAAUUAAGAUUAAAUGCCAGUAUACAAUAUCAAGUAUCGACCAUCGUGAUCCGAUUGCGUUGA